CUCGGCCGCACCGGCGGAGCCGCCGCCGCCGCCCGCCGCCAACCCCCGCCCCGGGGGCGGCUGCCCCGGCGGAGCCUCCAUCUGCAGCCCGGCGGCGGAGCGGGAACAUGGCGGACCUGGAGGCGGUGCUGGCCGAUGUCAGCUACCUGAUGGCGAUGGAGAAGAGCAAGAGCACCCCGGCGGCCAGGGCCAGCAAGAAGAUCACCCUGCCCGAGCCCAGUAUCCGCAGUGUUAUGCAGAAAUACCUCGAGGAAAGGGGUGAAUUAACCUUUGACAAGAUCUUUCAUCAGAAAAUUGGAUUUUUGCUCUUUAAAGACUAUUGCAUGAAUGAGAUCGAUGAAGCUGUCCCUCAGCUGAAGUUCUACGAAGAGAUCAAGGAGUACGAGAAGCUGGACUCGGAGGAGGAGCGGCUGUCGCGGAGCCGGCAGAUCUACGACACCUACAUCAUGAAGGAGCUGCUCUCCUGUUCCCACCCUUUCUCAAAACAAGCUGUAGAUCAUGUACAAACACAUUUAGCCAAGAAACAAGUGCCAGCCAGCCUUUUCCAGCCAUAUAUAGAAGAAAUUUGUGAUAGUCUCCGAGGAAAAAUAUUUCAGAAAUUUAUGGAAAGUGACAAGUUUACUAGAUUUUGUCAAUGGAAAAAUGUAGAGCUAAAUAUUCAUCUGACCAUGAAUGAUUUUAGUGUACAUAGAAUAAUAGGAAGAGGGGGAUUUGGUGAAGUGUACGGCUGCAGAAAAGCAGACACUGGAAAAAUGUAUGCAAUGAAAUGUUUAGAUAAGAAGAGAAUUAAGAUGAAGCAAGGAGAAACAUUAGCCUUAAAUGAAAGAAUUAUGCUGUCUCUUGUCAGUACAGGAGACUGCCCUUUUAUAGUCUGUAUGACCUAUGCCUUCCACACCCCUGACAAGCUCUGCUUCAUUCUGGACCUCAUGAAUGGAGGAGAUUUGCACUACCACCUCUCCCAGCACGGAGUGUUUUCGGAAAAAGAGAUGAGGUUUUAUGCUACUGAAAUCAUCCUGGGGCUAGAGCACAUGCACAAUCGCUUCGUGGUGUACAGAGACCUGAAGCCUGCAAAUAUCCUGCUGGAUGAACAUGGGCACGUGAGGAUAUCAGACCUUGGACUGGCUUGUGACUUUUCCAAAAAGAAGCCACAUGCCAGUGUAGGAACCCACGGGUACAUGGCCCCCGAGGUGCUGCAGAAGGGCACGGCCUACGACAGCAGUGCCGACUGGUUCUCCCUGGGCUGCAUGCUCUUCAAGCUGCUGAGGGGGCACAGCCCUUUCAGGCAGCACAAAACCAAAGAUAAGCACGAGAUCGACCGGAUGACACUCACCGUGAAUGUGGAGCUCCCGGAUUCCUUUUCUCCCGAGCUGAAGUCCCUUCUGGAAGGGCUCCUGCAGCGGGAUGUGAGCAAGAGGCUUGGAUGCCAAGGAAGAAGCGCACAAGAAGUAAAGGAACAUCCUUUCUUCAAAGGCAUUGAUUGGCAGCAAGUCUAUUUACAGAAGUACCCUCCCCCCCUGAUUCCUCCCCGGGGAGAAGUCAAUGCAGCAGAUGCCUUUGAUAUUGGCUCGUUUGAUGAAGAGGACACUAAAGGCAUUAAGUUGCUUGAUAGUGACCAGGAAUUAUAUAAGAACUUCCCUCUGGUAAUAUCGGAGCGUUGGCAGCAAGAAGUAGCAGAAACUGUUUAUGAUGCAGUAAAUGCAGACACAGAUAAAAUUGAGGCCAGAAAAAGGGCUAAAAAUAAGCAGCUUGGCCACGAGGAAGAUUAUGCCCUGGGGAAGGACUGUAUCAUGCAUGGAUACAUGCUCAAGCUGGGGAACCCCUUCCUGACUCAGUGGCAGCGGCGUUACUUUUACCUCUUCCCCAACCGGCUGGAGUGGCGAGGAGAAGGAGAGUCCCGGGACCUCUGGACUAUUUAUACAAAAAAACACAAACUGCAAAAUCUGCUGACAAUGGAACAAAUAGUAUCUGUUGAAGAAACACAAAUUAAAGAUAAGAAAUGCAUCUUACUGAGAAUUAAAGGAGGAAAACAGUUUGUCCUACAGUGUGAGAGCGACCCCGAGUUUGUUCAGUGGAAAAAAGAGCUGACAGAGGCUUUCACUGAGGCCCAGAGGUUGCUGCGCCGGGCUCCAAAGUUCCUCAAUAAAUCCCGCUCCACAGUCGUAGAGCUCUCGAAGCCCCCGCUCAGCCACAGGAACAGCAACGGGCUGUAGGAGACACCGACCACGUCCCCACAGGGAGAGCUGCUUGGUGAACCUGCAGAGUGUCCCAGAAUCCUUGUGAAUGAAUGACUUUGUGCAGUCCUGGACGCGGGAUGUGCUCGCAAGAGGAGGAAUUCGAUGUUUACAGCGUGGGAUCACGUCAGGACUCUGUCUCCGGAGGCUGUGCAGACUGCAAGGGUGGCGGGGGGGAGACCCUGCCCCUGGAAGUCACCAAGCGGAGAGGCUGCUCCUUGCUCCCACGCGUCCCCACCCCCGGCGGGGCCCGGCCGAGCUCCGUCCCUCUGGAACUACUGAUGGAAGGAAGAGGCUUUUCCCUGCCGUGCCCUGGCUCGGCGGCCCCGGGCCGGGGCUGGCGCGGGUGCUGCUGGCUGGGUGACGCUCCCGCGGUGGCACCGACGGAGCCGGAGCUGCCGCCUGGCCGUGGUGGGUGCCCCUCACUCUGUCGUGUUGCCGUGUCCUUCCCGACCAUUACUGCUGACUCUCUGAUAACCUUGCUCCAUACUGCUGAUGAUCAACAGUGUGACUCUGAUGCACUUCAAAGUACUGAAUUCUAACUGUCCUGUGGUUUAAAUGUUAUUGCUACUUCGUGGGAGCGUUGAACUCGAAUUAUUCCCUGGGUUUGUUGUACUCACUAAUAGUAGCUACCACCGUUUUGCUUCUUCUACGUAUAUGCAGUACUAUAACUGACACAAUAGAGUAAUAAUUUGGUGAAGAGGAAUUUAUGGUAGCUUCAUCUAGUGCUCUGUUGUAUAAAUUGACUAUUUUAGCACAGUUUUUAAAGAGCAGAUUCCUUUUGACAAGUUUACAGUGAACAUAAAGACAGUUCUUUUCCAUUUCAGGUCAACUGCACUUUUUAAAAAAUUAAAAAGAAAUGAUUCAAAUCCAGUGCAUUGUAGAGCAUGUGCUGGGUUCCGGUGUGUGUGGGUACCUCGGUACGUAUUCCGGAUCACUCCUCAGUCCUGGGACUCGGGAUCCUCCUCUGCUGUACACAGGCGUGUUCCCAUAGCAUAGAAAUCCCCAGAAAUCCCCAGUUCCCCCUGGAGCCCGGCCCGGGAGGUUCGUGCACAUAUCACAGCUCAGCUUGGGAAAAGAUCUCUCGUUUUCUGUUCUGAAGAGUUCAAACUGCCCACAUUGAAACCAGUGUGGGAAAAGUGAGAGUGGAACUGACAGAACGAGCUGAUCAAAUGCUGGGUUUAUGGUAAUUCUGCUUGGGGCAUCAGGUGUGUUGGGUGGAAGGUCUUGCUGAAGGAAAGGAAAAUCCUGAGCUGCCCCACAGCUUCCAGCUGGGACACAGCUUCCAGCCCUGGGUGUUGUGGUGGUUUGUAAGAGAGAGGUCAGGGCUGAACUUAGCUUUUUUUCCAAUUCAGUGAACACCUUAGAGAAGGUUUUUCUUCCCAGCUACAGAGGUACAACUCUCCCAGUCCCUGAAGACAGUGGAGCUGUGCCUGUGUAAGUGGGAGCAGAAGUUGUGCGUGGUUUGUCGAGCGUGUGUGGGUGUCAGAUCACCACAGAGUUCCUUAGAGAAAAGUAGUAAAAGUGGCUCUAUUUGCUUCUACAUGGGGGCUGGGUUUGCUGCAGAGCUUGUGCAAACCUUGACUGACCACCUGGGGCUGCACCAAAGGGAAAAUGCAUUCUGGAAAAUACCCCCAGUGAGUCAGUGGUUCCUUUCCAUGAUUUUUUUUCCCCCCCCAUUUAUUUUCCAAAUUAUUCUGUAUAAAGAGUACCAGCCUCUCUGUCAUUCCUGUUGAGCAUCUCAGCUCCUCUGUAAGGAGCAGUGUCAGAGGUGAUUGGUCAAAGGUUGUGUUUGAUGAUCUUGGAGGUCUUUUCCUACCUAAAUGAUUCCAUGAUUCUGUGUGUGGUAUUUAACAAGUGUUUGGGAUAGAAAAAGUCCCAUCCCGCUGGCUGUGGUUCAGCUUUCCCUACAAUACCAUGCAAUGCUCGUAUUUUCCUCCUUGAUUUAGAAAAAAUCUCCCUCAGAUGGUGUAAAAACCUGCUCACAGUUCUUGUGUAACUUGUUUUUACUUUCUUAGUCCCUGAUCAGUUCCAUUUUUCUCCUUCAGUUAUUUUCCAUGGCUGGGUUUCACUCUCACUCCCUGUCAGCAGAUUCCGGUGCCGAUGUCAGGGAGGGAGGAACAGGUCAUCAGCUGGGAAAUUGUGCCUCAAACCCAGAGAUUUUGUAUGAAAUGAAGGCUGUGUAUUGACUUAGGGUAAUACAUCUAUUUUGGAAUGUGAUGGAGUUGGGAUGGCCCCGGAAUACCCUCGUUAUCCUGGUCCUUGCUGCCCCAUCCCGAUGGGAGGGGCAGGAAAAGAUUUGGAUUUCUUUAGCCAGCUGAUUUAUUGACAAUUUAAAGUAGCUGUAUUUUUUUGACUUGUAUCCAACUGUGCAGCUAGGAGAGGAGAGGUUAUCACAGGGACAAACUCCCGAACGAAGCUGGGAUCCCAGUAAGAAACGAGGGCUCUCUGUGGAAGUGACUGGAUGUGCUGGUGUGGAGGGAGAGCUGGAAUUGCUCCCUCCAAACCAGAAAAAUCUGGGAUACUGCCCCAGACUGCUCCUUCCUGCUGUAGGAAGCAGGGUCUCUGAAGUUUUUGUUUUGGACAAAGAUUUCUGGUGGUGUUAAUUUGCAGGAGGGUCUUUGUGUGUUUAGGAACCCCUCGUUUAUUCGGUAAUUAUGUUGCAAACUCAUGAAACCUGUUAAAGAAACACUUACUGUGGGGUGUUUUUUGUGGUUUUUUUUUUCCAAUCCUUCAUCCAAGUGUUGGCCAUCCGCUUCUCCAAGUGUAAAACUUCUUCCUCUUAGUUGUGUUUGAGCUUUUUGUGUUCUUGUCCCUGGUCCAGUAGAGCCUCAGCUGCAGGCUCACGGAUUCUUCCCAAAAUGCUGCUGUGAGAGAAGCUGGUGUAAUGCUGGAGUGGAUCCAGCUGGGAUUGACAUUCCUGGUAUGUUCCCCCACCCCCCAGCAGGCUUCAAAAAAUCUUGGAGCAGGCUAAUAAUAGCUGGAAGUGUGUCUGGGAAGGGAAGCCUGGCAGGUAGGGAGAGCAGCUCUGGGGAUAGACCUGGGCUUAGCCACAUUCGAGUUUCCCUCAAUUUCUUGGGGCUGUCCUGAGCAGGGCCAGGAGUUGGACUCUGAUGAUCCUUGUGGGUCAGGAUAUUCCAUGAUUCUGUGACUCAGCACCUCCUCUUUGGAAACGCAGCGGGAGUUUUGCCUCUCCCACUUCCAUCAAGGGGUGAAAACCCAGAAAUUGAAUUGUGAGGUUGGGUUUGGCUUUGAGAUAUAUCAGGUGUUUGCAGCCCGGUGUGGAGGAGGUGGAAACGCUGCUUUGUGCUAAAAAAGGCUUGUUCUGGUUGUGCUCCUGCCCAUAGUGGACACUGCUGGUGGCCAGAGGAGCUCUCAGGGUGGAUGUUCCCUGAGCAGGACCAGCCCCAGUUCUGGGGUGACUCAGCAUCGUCAUCCCUCGGGUUUACAGUGAACCAGCUCAUGAGGAGUGGAAUCCCUGGAGCUCUGAGUUGCUCUUUCCCUGGCAGCUGGUCAGCUUUAGGACCAGGUUCCUUGAUUCCACGUCCAUAUCCAUGUCCCGUGGCCGUUGGCACGGCGGUGUCACCUCCCAGCACGUGGCAGUGACACAGCUCCUCUGCCUCUGAGGUGUUUGCACCUGAAAUAUCCCUGGAGGAAGGACUGUUUGAAGUGUACAGUAGACAGUAAAUAAUUCUAGUUGUGUUGAUUAAUGAAAGGAAUGAGUCAGUUCUACGAAUUAAAGAGAAAAAAAAAAUCUGAAAAGCGUAUUUUGACAAAGCAUAGUAUUAAUUUUAAUAUUGUAAAAAAAAAAAAGGAAGAUAUCUAAAAUAUACAGAGAAGAUAUGUAUAUCCAAAUGUCUGAGGAGUUUCAAGAUAAUCUACUUUUGUUUCUUGUUAGUUUCUAUUCCAUGGUGUACAUAUUGUGUGGAUGGAACAUUGGCUGUUUUAAUACUGUUGUUAAAUUGUAUUUUUAUUUUGUGUUAAACUAAUCAUCACAGACUCAGCUUUAUUUUGUUUAUGUAAAGGUUGCUAUGCUCUAUAGGUAUAAACCCGAGAAUUCUAUUUUAACAGAAAAAGCAUUUUAUAUUAUUUAUUAAAUACAUGUUUCUCCAACUUCUGACAUUCCACAGAAUUUCUGCUCCGUAUGUGUAUGGAAGUGGCAGCUCCUUUCAAGCAGGAUCAGCCAGCUUUAUUCUGUUUUUCAUGGCAAAGUGGGGAUAGAUUCCCUGAGGCUGUGCAGCCCUUCUCUCCCAGCACAGGGACUCCAGGCUCUGUCAGGACCAUCUCAGGUAGCUCCUGAAUGCAAAAACACCUGGGAAGCUCCUGCAAAUCCACCCCUCAAUGUGGUAUUUCCAAAUUUCCCCUUUAUCCCUCAGCAUUCCCAGAGCAAGCGUUUUAUUCACAGGAGUCUGUGCUGAGUUAAUGAGAACUAAUGACCUAAUUUGGAGCAAGGAGUCAGCUUGGUGUUUGAUCCAGCUCAGCCAUCAGGGAAUUGCAGAGCUCCAUCAUUCCGAGGGGAAGGAGUGAGCGGAGGGAGAGCCUGGACCCAAAACGUCCUUACUGCAGCUGGGUUUGGUGUUUGAGGGGGAUCAGUGAUCCUAAAAAACAGGAUCCUGAGGCAGGAGCAGUGCCUGUCCCAUAGCCAGGGCCAGGGCAGGACCCUGCUUCGUGUCACAUCCCAGGAGGGGAGUGGCUGCCCCGGGACCCUGCAGGGACUGUCCCUCGGGGGUGUGGGGAGGGUGACCCCCAGGCAGGACCCCCCUGUGGUGCCACUGCUCCAGGAGCUGCUUCUGCUGGGCACAUCUGGGCACAUCUGCAGAGUCAACCCCGGCACGCCCAUCCCCAGUGAAGUACAGAAACAGCCCUAAAUUUAUCAGUUCCUAAAAAUAGUUCCAGUUGCGAGCAUGGCCUGUGAGUUUGAGGAAUACUCGAGGUGGAACGUCGUGUGCUCUUGAAUUUCCACCUGCUCUGAAUUUCUGCCGUGGUGGGGCUGGAGGUGUGUUCUGGUCAGGGCUGAUCCCCGUGGCUUUUCCGGGGUUAAAUGUGGCAUUUUCCUGCUGCUGAAGUUCUCUCCUUGCUGAGGAGCUGCCUGGGGCAGGGAGGGAUCUCUGCUGUGCUCACUCUGGAGCAGUCUCUGCCUUCUUUCCCGUUUCCCCCUCUGAUCCCAUUGGAUUUUGGGGUGAGCUGUAGCCUGAGGUGUUCCUGGAGGGAGGGGGGAGCUGGUGGUGGGUGAGACUGUGCUGGUGGCAUUGUGGCUCUUUAAUGUCACCCCUGCAAAGGUGCCCUGGUGGGGACAGUGCUGAGGCUGCUGGCCUGGGGUGUGUCCAGGUAGGGCUUUGGCAGAGAACCUGGGGCCAGGUGCAGGAAGGUGGCUUUGUCCAGGGCCAGGUCUGGUCUGGGUUUGUGUGACACGAUGUGUUUCCAGGCUGGAAAAGGAGAUGGGUUGAGGUAUGGGCUGGGAAGAGGCUUUCCUGUUGGUAGCAGGCAUCUUCUGCCUGCUCCCAGACAGUAGAUGUGGGCGAGAUGGCACAAAAAAUGCGUGUGAAAAACAGAAUAAAGCAGGAACAUCCUCGGAGAGGGGAUUUGUGAGCACUCCCAGUGCCUCACUAGGUCCUUCAAAACAAAAAGGAGCAGAUUCACACGAACAGCUACUCGUGAUGAAGGAAACGAUCGAAAAGAGAACCUGUCCAAAAUGUGUAAUGAAUGGUAAGCAAAGCCAGGAUCUGUAAAUAACUUUAGAUAUUGUAUCGAUGAGAUCAUUCCUUGUUUUAUGUACUUGGCUCUUUCCAUAUUUAUUGUGGGGAGGAGGGUCCCGGUGCCUGUGAGCUGUGGCCUCGCUCCUCACGGACUGUCCCGGAGUUUAACAGCCCCGUCGUGGCGGGUGUGCCACCCUCGGUUCUUGCCGCCAGUAUUUUUUUAACGGAUUAUUUUGGCACAGCUAAGCUGCUUCUGUGUGUUGGUCAGUACAACUGCUCUCCUACGACCAGACCCCAAUAAAAACUGUCCUUUGCGUGUG